GGUAUCAGAUAUACUUUACUCUGUCAAGGGCGAUGUUGACAUGUGUAUGUAGAGUCUUGUAGAAGGUAGAACGUAGAUGAUAAUUUUACAAGAUGGAAAAUGUAUUUAAUUUGCUAAAUUAAUAUUUAAUGUGAUGAAAUGUAGGGCAACAACCCUUUUCACUAAUUUGUUUCUUGGAUAGUUAUCUGUCGACGCUAGGGCGACCGAAAAAAUGAGUGUAUGCACGAGAGUAUGUGGUUUACAUAGCGUUAGGAUUUUGCGCUCUCCGUCAGUUGCACCGAGAUUGUUUGGUAAGAAGAGUUCAGUUGAAGGUGGAUGGAUCUUUCAGCUGAACGGGAUUUGUUCCUACUCAACAUCACAGGAACAGGCACCCCGGCAUUCGAUGCUACGACACCUCACGUCCAAAAUCAAGGCCACAGGACCCAUUUCUGUUGCUGAAUACAUGAGAGAAGUUUUAACCAACCCCGUUAUGGGAUAUUACGUAAAGAAUGAUAUGUUGGGUGCUGAUGGAGACUUCAUUACCUCUCCUGAAAUCAGUCAGAUCUUUGGAGAGCUGAUGGGUAUUUGGUGUGUCAGUGAGUGGAUGGCGGCUGGGAAACCUAAAGUCCUCCAGCUGGUCGAGUUUGGACCUGGCAGAGGCUCCUUGGCCAGUGACAUUCUCAGGGUGUUCACUCAGCUGGGAACAGUAUUGGCUGGGGCAGCGAUAUCUGUCCACCUGGUGGAAGUCAGUCCUAAACUGAGCCAGGUGCAGGCCCAGUGUCUUACCGGUGACCAGAGUCAGGUGUCGGCCAGUGAAGACGAGCCUGCCUACCGCACGGGGACCACCACCACCGGCCUGCCUAUAUCCUGGUACCGCAGGAUCAAUGACGUCCCUAAAGGUUUCAGCAUAUUUCUUGCUCAUGAGUUUUUUGAUGCCCUGCCCGUUCAUAAGUUCCAGAAAACAGAGAAGGGCUGGAGGGAGGUGAUGGUGGACAUUGAGCCAGACGCCGUGGACAAGCUGCGGUUCGUCCUGCUGCCGUCUCCCUCUCUGGCCUCUGUUGCCCUCAUGCAGGUUGAUGAGAAGAGGCAGCACGUUGAGGUCUGUCCUGAAGGCGGGAUUGUGAUCCAGCAGCUGACCAAUCGGAUCGUGGAGCACGGAGGCGCAGCAUUGAUCGCUGACUACGGGCAUGAUGGGACGAAGACAGAUACGUUAAGAGGGUUUCGAGGACACAAGCUCCACGAUGUCCUCACUGACCCUGGUGCUGCUGACCUUACAGCUGACGUGGACUUCAGCUACCUGAGGCGAAUAGCAGGAGACAUGGUGGCCUGCAGGGGACCCGUGUCUCAAAGAGACUUCCUUAAGAACAUGGGCAUCGACACACGCCUGCAGGUUCUGCUAAGGAGUUGUGCCGAUGCCUCCACCCGGACCCAGCUCAUCCGGGGUUACGAGAUGCUGGUGAACCCCCAAAAGAUGGGGGAGAGAUUCCAGUUCUUGGCCCUGCUGAACCACCGGCGGCUGGCCACCCCAGAGGAGGAGGAGGGGGGGGGGAUGAAGAGGACCAGAGGAGUGGCCCCUCUGCCCGUGGCGGGCUUCAGUGAGCUUGGUCUCAAGUGAGGAGAAAAGAGCACAUUCAUGGACAGCGAUGUGAAAAAUGAAGUAGCCAAUACUACAUUGAGGUGUUUAUUAAGGAAAUCCAAUGGAUUUAUUGAGUUUGGUCGUUCUGUCCAUAGUCACCUUAAACACUAUAUGGACAGUGCGAUACAAAAACCAUAUAAACAAUUCAUAUUCAGAACUGUUGUAUCAGGAAUAAAACAUCCCGUCGGUGACGAUAA